CAUUUAAAGCCAUGGAUGUGACGUAAGCAGCAGCUAACUGUCCUGCAGCGAUUAAAGAUGGCGCCCUCUCAUGCACUGAAGUGCUGUAAACGGGCUCUGAACUGGGUACCUGUCCUGUUUAUAAACCUUGUUGUCGGCUGGUCUUAUUACGCCUAUGUUGUGGAGCUCUGUGUCUAUACAAUCCCAAAUAAUGCAGAGCGAAUCAGCUACUUGGUCAUCUUUCACAUUUUCCUCGCCAUGUUUAUAUGGUCCUACUGGAAAACUAUUGGGUCCACGCCAGCCAGCCCCUCAAAAGCAUUUGGUCUCCCUAGAGCAGAGAAGGAGCUGUACGAGCGAGAGGAACGGGCCGAGAGGCAGCAAGAGGUUCUGAAGAAAGUGGCGAGGAAUUUACCCGUGUAUACACGCACGACGGGAGGAGCCAUCCGAUACUGCGACCACUGCCAGAUAAUCAAACCUGACCGCUGCCAUCACUGCUCGACCUGUGAGAUGUGUGUGCUGAAAAUGGACCAUCACUGCCCCUGGGUUAAUAACUGUGUUGGAUUCUCCAACUACAAGUACUUUGUCUUAUUCUUGGCCUAUGCCUCACUCUACUGUGCAGUAAUUUGUGCGACAGUCAUCCAGUAUUUCAUCAAAUUCUGGACUAAACAGCUGCCUGACACGCACGCCAAAUUCCACAUCUUGUUUCUGUUUUUCGUGGCAGCCCUGUUCUUCAUCAGCAUCGUGUCACUUCUCAGCUACCACUUGUGGCUGGUGGGAAAGAAUAGGACCACUAUAGAAGCCUUUAGGGCUCCUGUCUUCACGAACGGUCCAGAUAAAAACGGGUUUUCUCUCGGCUUCGGCCGAAAUGUAGCUGAGGUGUUCGGAGACCAAGGAAAGUACUGGCUCUUUCCUGUUUUCUCGAGUUUGGGAGAUGGACAUUCUUUUGUUACAAGAUUAGUGCAAAUAGAUCCUGAGCAAGCAAACAGUAUCCUCCAGCAAAAUGGCAAAAGCCCUGCUGAUGGGGAGACCAAGCCUUGUGUGAUGGACAACAUACACACAGUGGACAACAGCAAAGAGAAAACUGAUGGAGGACAGGAAGUCUCUGUGGCUAUGGAGAGUGAGCCAUAGCAGGUCGCAAGCACAUCUGUAAAGAGCUCAUCAACUAUGAUGCCUUAAAGCAGGAGCAUCAGCACCUAGAGGAGCCGUCCUCCACCCUCAUCUUUAAACUAGCACCACAACAAUACUCUCAUCAUGUCAACAGAGACUGUACAGUGACCUCAUACCUCAUGCAACAGUCUGAAGCAGAGGUGACUCACAGGGUUUGUCUUUGUAUUGAGCCAAAGACAUUCAAAUAUUUUCUUAAUAUUGCAUCUGAAAAUACUCUGGGACUGCUUUUUGACCCUUGAGCCAACAUAUGUCUGCACUGUCUGUGUCUAUCUACAUGGAUUAAUCACAUUAUACUUUGUAAUUGGAGAAUCUUCCUUUGUCAGUAUUAAUCACGCAUUAAUAACAAAGCCUGGUUAUGUUCGAUGUAGUGCAGUCGGAGCUACUAAAGUGAGAAUUGUAUAACUCGUACAGAAUGGUGAAAUGCAUUUCGACACUGUCAUCAGUGUGAUUUUGAACUCCAAGCACAGUGCAAUUACUAAGACCAGAAGUCGGUUUUCGAAUGGUCUAAUUUAGUUUACAGUUUACGUGAUUGAAAAAAUGUCAAGGUCUUUCUGUUUACACUUUUAAUAUAUUUAUUUUUUACAUUUUAAAUUUUUUAUACUGGUGAUAUAAGCUUCAAAUGUGAUGACCAAAUCCAGUCCAUCAAGUUAAAAUGGUUUCAUCUUAUUUUAAAUUAUUAAUUAAUAACCAAUAGAUCUCAUAUGCGUUAUUAUAAAUGAAAUUAACAAUUUGUCAUUGCACUGUAAAUAUUUUAAGCUCAUAAAUUAUUUGCAAAAUUGCCUUGCCUUUCAGUGUCUAUUGAUUUCUUUUUUUUUAUGGCUUAUUUGUUUUAUUCAUUUUUUUAAAAAAGGUAUUGACAGUCACAUUUGUCCCUUUCAUGGCCAGUUCUUUACUACUGUAUGUGUCUGUUUUUAAACUAAUUAGUCUUGAUUUUUAAUGUAAGGAUUAAAUCUGUUUCCCUUUCUUUCUUUUCCAGUUUGAUGAUAAGAUUUAUUUGGAAAUUGAGAAAUAAGAGCACAAAAUGAAACCCCAAUAAAACCGUUGAAUGAUGUUACCAUAAAGGUCAGGGACGUUUGUGUCCUUGAGUCUGAACCAGGACAGAUAAGAUGGACUUUAUAUUCCUUAGAUGAAAGAGUAGGUUAGUGUCAUCAUAAAUGCUCCUCUGUCUCUCCAGGCAGCUCUUUCAUUAUUUUACAUUUCUUUUAGUGAUGCACAGCACAGUGUGCGGUUUGCCUGAAUGAUUAGUAGAUAAUGAACUCAGAGAACCUCACAGAAGUUUAAUAACUAAGUUCACUGACUGAACCGAAAAUCUAGAGCUACUAAUAUAGUGAAAUCUGUAAGAUCAUUUAAUGAGUAAAAAUUAUUCAUGCCGGGUGAUCCUUGUUGUUCUCUAACAAUAAAUGCAAUGUAAGAAACUGUGUCAUUUGUCAUCCUAAAC